AUGGCGAGCACGCCGACGGAUCCGCCAACGAAUCCGCCGACGGACCCGCCGGCGAGCGCGCCAACGAGCGCGCCAACGGACACGCCAACGGACCCGCUGAUGGACCCGCCAUCGCGCAUCCAGUCCAUCCCCGCACCCCGUCCAAACUCGCUUCCCGCCCGCCCUCCUGUCGUCUUCGCAACUGCAGUGAAGGGAGUGGCGGAACUGGCGGGAGUUGUGAGAGAUGCUGCUGCUGCACCUUCGCCACGCCCCCGUAUGCCCCCCCCCCCGCGCUUCCCCACCCGUCCCUGCCCUGCGCAUUUGCAGCGGCGGUGGCUUGGAAAAGGGGGGGCGAGGGGGGGAGCAGUGGGAAUAGAGGUGGCGGACAGUGGGGGGGCGAUGGCGGGAAUGGACGUGGCGGCCAGUGGUGGGGGGAAAGGGGGGGAGGGGAGCGGCCGCGGGAAUGGAGGUGGCAAUGCAUCAGCCGCCUCCACACUUCCCUCCUCCUCUCUCACUACCGCUGCUACUGCUGUGGGGGGAAGUUCAGGGGCUGCAGCAGCAGCCGCCUCCUCCUCCUCUCACCCCGUGCUUCCCGUUCCGCCCGUGACGUCGUCUGUGCCUUGCUGCCCAUCCCGUGCUCCCGUGCCUCCCGUGCUGCCCCCGUGCCUCCCGUGCUCCCGUGCUGCCCCGUGCUCCCGUGCUUACCGUGCUUCCCGUGCUGCCCCCGUGCUUCCGUGCUUCCCGUGCUGCCCCGUGCCUCCCGUGCGUUUCUGCACGUGUCUCACGUGCCACCCGUGUGCCGUGCUGACCCUGCCCGUGUCCUCUAGUGCUGCUGCCCCGUUCUGCCCGUGCUGCCCGUCGUCGCCUGUGCUUGCCGCCCGUUACUGCCCGUGUGCCCGUGUUGCCUCCCGUUACUGCCCUUGUUCUACCCGCACCCCGUGUCUUCCGUUGCUGCCCGUGUCGUUUCCUGUGUUGCCCGUGCCCGUGUGCCCGUGUUGCCCCCCGUUGCUGCCCCGUGCUUCCCGUGCUCCCGUGCGUCUCGUUCAGCCCGUGUCUCCCGUGCAACCCGGUUCUGCCCGUAUUCUACCCGUGAUUCUGCCCCGUGUCACCCGUGUGCCGUGCUGCCCCGCUCUGCCUCCUGCCGCCCGUACCGUACUGUCCGCCCGAUACCACUCCCGUGCCUCCCGUUCAGCUUGUGUCAUGCCCCGUUCGCACCCCGCACCCCGCGCCCCGUAUGCUCCCCGGUUCUGCCCGUAUUCUGCCCGUGUUGCUGCCUGUUAUUCUGCCGGUGUUGCUGCCCGUUGUUCUGCCCGUGUUCUACCCUUGAUUCUGCCCCGUGCCACCCGUGUCCCGUGCUGCCCGUGUUCUCACCGUGUAUCCCGUGUCGUUCCCGUGACUCCCGUUGCUACCCGUGCCUUGCUGCCCGGUCUCAUGCUGCCCGUCACCUUUGUGCUGCUCGUCCCGUGCUGCAUCUAG